CCAAUGAAAAUCGUUAGCGCCAGACAUCGGGACAGCUCCGGGGCAGAAGGAAAGAUGGAGAAUUUCACCGCGCUGUUCGGAGCUCAGGCCGACCCACCACCGCCCCCAACAGCACUUGGCUUUGGACCAGGAAAACCUCCACCCCCACCUCCCCCUCCUCCAGGCGGGGGACCCGGCACGGCUCCGGCCCCCACUACAGCCACGGCCCCUUCUGGUGCAGACAAGUCAGCAGCUGGUUGUGGUCCCUUCUACCUAAUGCGGGAGCUACCAGGCAGCACUGAGCUGACAGGCAGUACCAACCUGAUCACACACUAUAACCUGGAACAUGCCUAUAAUAAAUUCUGUGGGAAGAAGGUGAAGGAGAAGCUGAGUAACUUCCUGCCUGACCUGCCAGGAAUGAUUGAUCUGCCAGGUUCCCACGAUAACAGCAGCCUCCGCUCCCUCAUUGAGAAGCCCCCUAUUCUUAGCAGCUCUUUCAAUCCUAUCACAGGGACCAUGCUGGCUGGCUUUCGCCUGCACACUGGCCCGUUGCCAGAGCAGUGUCGUCUGAUGCAUAUUCAGCCUCCCAAGAAAAAGAACAAGCACAAACACAAACAGAGCCGAACCCAGGAUCCUGUCCCCCCAGAAACACCAUCUGAUUCCGAUCACAAGAAAAAGAAAAAGAAAAAAGAAGAGGAUCCUGAACGGAAAAGGAAGAAGAAAGAGAAGAAGAAAAAGAAGAACCGACACAGUCCAGACCACCCGGGUAUGGGCAGUUCUCAGGCCAGCAGCAGCAGCAGCCUCCGCUAACAGGACCACUGGACUGCCAGAAUGACUUUUCCUGCUGUACUGAACCUGCUGUCAAAAGCUGCCUUCCUGGCUCUUGGACUCUGCCUUAGGAGCGUCCCCUGUGCUGGAACAGAGGCCAGUGCUACUGUGCUCAGUUAAGAGUAAUGCAUUAUGAGGGAGAAGGGCCAUACUUUUGUAAGGCUUGGCCCAGCUUUCUCACGGACAUAACUUCCUGUCCCAGGAAGCUUUCUUAUAUCUCUUUUGUGCAGUGUGUCUGAUUGAAGACCUUACCUGAUGUUAGGAUUUGUCUUUCUUUUUAAAAAAAAAAUUGCAUUUCUCAAACUGGCUGAAGUAUGACUGCCUAUUAAGAGGUAAGUGCCUUUCUGUGAGAGUCAGGGUUUAAGCCAAGGCAUGUUAAGAUAUGGGGGGGAUUUGAGUCUUGUAUUACAUUAUCUCGUCAACAGGCAGAGAACCAACCAAAAUAAGAUUGGGGAACAUGGUCCAAAAGUUAAGGAGAGCUUGUUAAUACCUUUCCACAGCAGACACAUAACUCAUUGUCCAUAAAUGUUGAGAACGAAACACCUGGAUGAUCUUCAGACUCCACCUCAAGAGCUGAUCCAGUUAGGGGUCAGCUGUAUUCUAGGUCACUUUUAUUUUGAAAAAGAAUAGCCAACUAAAAAACCCACAAUCAAUACUAUACUUCAACUGGUAGAUUCUUGGUCAAGCCCAUGAUUUUUUCUUGGGAGUAUCUGGCAAGCAAAGGUAAAUGUUUCUUAUCUUUUUUAAGAACUUCUGACCUGCCUCAUUCCUUACCUAAGACAAAGUAUUUGGCAUGUGAAAACAUUUCUAAGCUUCUAAAACAGCAACAAACAGGCAGCCUAACCUAACAAUGUAAAAUUAAGUCCCUUCAGUCUUUGCAGCAGGCCAGGUAGCUGCGGAAAUCUGAGAAAACCCAGCCUAAUGUAAGUUGACUUGAAACUAAAUUUGACAGAUUAAAAGCUGUUGCUGUGAGCCAUGGUUUUUCCUAGAUCAGUAGGCAGAAAACCACGCCUUUAGUUCGUUUUAAUCUCAAAUUUCAGAGGAAGAGUUUAUACUUAAGUGUUCUGGCCAGUUUUUUAGAUUUAGUAUCUAAGGAUGCCUAUUUAAAUUAGGGCACAGCCUUUUGCUUUCCCAACCAAAAUAGAGGUAUCAAACUGAACUGCCACCUAUGUGUACAGAAGACCUUUAACAGAGCUUUCUUAUUUUGAUCAUCCACUGUCUCCCUGUUGACUAUAUCCAAAUGAACUUACUUCCCAAGGACAAUUCUGUAUUAGGGAAUAAGUGUGGCACAUAUCAAGAGUUCUCUAAGCUUCCAAAUGACAAGUGUUAGUGGCUGUACUUUUUUUUUUCUGGAAUUUUUGGAUUAAAUCACAGAGGGGGGGGCAGGAGACAGUACCUGUUGUUUAAAGUGGUUAUUUUCACUAUUUUCCUGCCUAAAGAUGGGUCAGAAGCAGAGAACCUUAUUAGGUUUUCUUCUUAAUUCCCCACCAGAGAUCAUUCGCCCUGCCUUAACCAGACAAAAUAACACAAGUCAGGGGGAGCUGGUU